AGCCCACGGAAUGUCCAUUUUAUCUCCAGAAACAUGAAGAACAUCCUGCAUUGGUUGCCACCAGAAGGAAUAGCAGAGAACAAAUUAAAUUAUAAAGUGAAGUAUUUGAUAUAUGGCACAGAUAAAUGGAUUAAGUAUCCAGAAUGUAAGAAUAUCAAUCAAACCUGGUGUGACCUCUCACAGGAAACCUACAACCACAAAGAGCAAUAUCAUGCCAGAGUGAAAGUCUCUCUAAAGGGAAAUUGUUCUGUCUGGGCAGAAUCACCAAGGUUCAAUCCAUUUACAGAGACAACUAUCGAUCCACCUGCAUUUUCCCUCUCAUCGACUGAGAAUUCUAUUUCAGUCACUGUUGUUCCCCCCGAGAAGUGGAAGAGAAAUCCCAGAGAGGAACCCAUAUAUUUGCAGGAAAUAUACUCGGGCCUACAAUAUAACGUGUCAGUAUUCAACAAGAACAUAAAUAAAAGAGUAAGUCUGAAUAUGGAAAUGAAAACUAUUGUUUGGCAAUUUAAAUGGAUUGUGCUACUGGCUAGAUAGAAGUGGCAUCCUCCUGGCUUGUGAAGGUGUAGAUCAGUGUAGCUCAACCUCAGUGACUUUAAGAUGAGCGGAUGCCAACUCCACUCAGACUAAAGGUACUGAGAUUGAGAAACGCUGAGGUAGACGGACAAAGAUAAAAUCCAAGGCUGUCUUCAGACAAUAACUGUAGAUGCAAUGAGGAUGUAACUGUGCCUGAUGUCUGGGUGUGUAGAUGUUCCCAGUUUAAUCUUUCUCUUUUCAUAUGCACACUUGUAGUAGGAAACCUGCAGUCUAGAACAGAAGAUUAUAUGUGAGGAGGAGAUUGGAGGGCGUUCUUGUUUUCAAAAUCUGUUUUCUUUCCCAAGCUCCCCCUUCUCCCCCCAGUUUGAGGAGUUGCCAAUGUAUAUGAAUUCCUGGAAAAGAAAGGUGCACCUG